GAGACAAACGGAUUACCUUUUCCAGAAGUCCGCCUUUCACUUUUAUUGUAUAUUUUCUCUGUUUACUAUAUCUGAGAGGAGAGAAAGUUCUUUCGUUUUUAGGUAUAUGAAGAAACGGAGCGUUCCAGGCAUAAAAAACCGAAGGAUUCUUCAUUUUUGCCUCAGUCGGUGCUGUGAAAAGCAUUCUUACUCUCUUGGAGCCUAAAGUAUAGCCAUGGAUUAGGUAGCAUAGCAAUACUGUAGCUGUUCCUCAUUCUUGUCUCCUAUGGAUUCAUACUCUCUCCUCCUCGAGAGGAUUCGUGUUCCUCAACCCUCAAUGCAGAGAUAUGCAGUGAUUUCCAUCUUUGAAAAACUCCGAUCUGCUCCGUCAAACAUAGGCGCGAACUCUGAUUCCGGUAGGGAUGCUAUUUCUCAGUGUCUUCACUACACUUCUGCUGCCGUCGUCGAUCAAUCGGUUCGGGAACUUUGCCGCUUCGUCAAAGAGGGUUACCUUGAGGUUCCCCAUGGUUUACUUGAACUUCAAUCGGCUCUCGACGGUUGCGACUCGCGUUUCGUUAAUGUCUUCGUCAAAGGGUUAGGGUUUCUUGUUCGCUUCGCAUUUCAGAAGAACGAUACGUUGUGGCGGUUGGAUUCUCCGGAGACUCAUCCUUUCGUCAAGGUCGUUUCAUGUCGAACUGAGGUUCAACCGGAGCUUGUACAGCAAGUGCUCUUGUUAAUAGCGCAGAACAAGCGCACGGGACUUGUGAAAGUUUGUAAAUUCUUAAGGCCUUUCUUGAAUUUCUCGAUACUACGGGUAUCUUCAUCUGCUUCAUCGUUUUCGUUCACAAGGCUUUUAGUUUCCUCUAUUGCGUCACUGUCUUGCUCGUUUCCAUUCGAAGCUAUGCCCAUUGUCAAGUUGAUGAUGGAAGGCUUCAAAUAUUUUCCGCGGAAAAAUGCAGAAGAGAUGAAAAAUCUCGUUGACGUUGCUGAAUAUCUGAUGGAUGCAUUUACGGUGAUCUUGAGGCAGGUGGUUGGAACUGGAUCGCAGUUGAUCAAAGAGGCUCAACUAUGCAGCGUCGAACUGUUGGAAACUCUGCUAUCAUUUUAUACUGAUUUCCACAAGCUUUCUGGUGGGAGUGAGCCCAUUUUCAAACUGUCAAAGAGUGUAUUGCUCGUUCAGAAAGAGCUUGGAUUGCCAUACAUACCAGAAUUGUUAUCAGUGAAGAUGUCCUUAUUUCUCAUACUUACUCAGGCAGAAUUUGAACAUGAACAACUCUCUGUGCUGAAACUCGCAGUUUUCUUGUUUAAGUGGAAAAUUGAAAAUGAAUAUGUCAGUGGAGAAGCUGCAUCUGGUCCUAGUGAGGAGUUUCUGUUCCUUUUUCCCGUCAUCAGUCUUUUAUCAUCUCCUUCUAAAUCAGUUAAAGCUGCAGCAACUGGAUUUCUCUCUGUGUUGGAAGAGCUCUUAAUGCAUUUUUCAGUUGCAUCUAAGAAAGUACCUAAUAUCACCGGGGAAUUUCCAUUUAUCAGCAAACCUGAAUCAAUUAUUCGUAGGCUUUUGCGGGAUCUGUGGCUUCAGGACCCAUCUUUGUUAUCUACUUCUUACUUUUUAAGUUUGGCUUCCAUUGGUAAGACCAGUAUUAAAGUGAUGAACGAUGAUCGGAAACCAUGGAUGUCUCAACUCAGGGAAUAUUCUUUACGGGCUGCUGAAAGAAAAAAGUCUCCACUAUUACCUCAAUUAGAAGGAAAUCUUUCAUCAGAAAUGCCAUUUCUACUCAGUUCCAUAAAUGCUGUUUUAGUCAUGCAUAAUUCGUUGGGGAGCUCUGCUAUAGAUUCUUUGGCUGCUAUUGGCUUAAUGGAUCCUAGACUGGGUAUACCGUUGUUGCUAGCCAUUCUUUUUUACAAUAAAGUUUUCUGCAAUAAUAAGAGUAGCUCCCGUGAAAGUUCGAUAAAACUUCUUGAAGUUCUUCCCUCGCUUGCUUCACAUCCGGUGAUGAUACCACUUAUUGUUCAGACUAUUUUGCCAAUGCUUCAUAAAGAAGCAAAACCGUAUGUUCUCCAUCUGUUUUGUUUUUAUGGUUUACCUUACCAGAUUUAUUCUGACAGGCAAUCAUCCAUGUGUUAUGAAUGGCUGUGAGGUGUGAAUAAAGUAUUUAUUUCUGAUUGGUUUUUC